UUGGUGGAAGAGAGAAACCAGAUACAAUGUACCUGGGAAGAGACCACCGACCUUCCAAAAGUAAACUGGGAAACUUUCUCACUUAUCGGUGCGAGCGGGAUACGAACCCGCGCCGACAGAGGUGAGAGGCCGUGUGAUGUUGAACGCGAUGCUCUAACCACUCGGCCACGGAAUUAUUUGAAACAUUUCAGCGAAAAAUCAUUACUAUGCGUUUCUGUUUUGACCAGCAUCAUAAAACUGAGCUGUAUUUUGUCUGUAGGGGGCUUCCGUUGUAUCUGGGUUCUCUCUUCCACCAAUAAAAACUGGGUGCCACCAGAUAACUGAAAAAUGUUGAGUGUGACGGAAAAACAUCAAUCAAUCUAUCUAUUGAAAUAUAUCAAUGUGGAUUUCUCUAGGAAGAGUUAUUGUCCUUGACUUUGAUGGUAACCUGAACAUGACAUACUACACACGGUUGGCUGAUACCUCCAAUAGAUGGCGCUUUGAGGCACUUCUGACGCAAUAUAUUUCCCUGCCAAUUGCCGGAGACUGUCCUCAAGCUUUCAUCCUUUGUGACACGGACAGGUGUAUGAGUAAAUCUCUUCAGAAAGAUGGAGAUCGCAACUGUGAAGACGGUACAGAUGAAGGUGAUCCUUCUACGACCUCGUCAUCUACAGUGUCAUCUACUACAUCAUCUACAGUGUCAUCUACUACAUCAUCUACAGCCGCGUCAGUUCUAUCAUCUACAGCUUCAUCAGUCCUAUCAUCUACAGCCUCGUCAGUCGUAUCAUCUACAGCCUCGUCAGUCCUAUCAUCUACAGCCUCGUCAGUCCUAUCUACACCAGCUUCGCCACCCCUAUCUACAACAACGUUGCUGACCUCUGCCACAAACAACACUGCCAAUGAAAUGUCCAGAUUUGUGGCCGGUCUCUCUGGCACGCAACUAAUGAGCGCCAUUUUGGUUCCUAUUGCGAUCAUCAUAUGUACGGUUUCGUCCGUGGUGUGUUUUAGACGCAGGGCACAUUCUCACUACGAAGACCCGGCUUUAGUUCCCAACUGAAUGGAACUUGGAGCAGACCAACUUCAGCAAGCUUGUAACAGACACACUCUCACUACGAAGACCCGACUUUAGUUCCCGAACUCGGAGCAGACCAACUUCAGCCAGCUUGUAACAGACUUUAUAAACGUGUGAGCUUCAUGUCCGAUAACAUGUGAGAUACUUUUAAACAUAUUGGAUACUUUAUCAAUCUGUCGGAUACUUUAUAAUCAUGAUAGAUAUUUCAUAUGCUUGUCAGAUACUUGUUCAUAAACAUGUAAGGUAGUUUGAAGAUUUAAAUUUCCCUAAGCAUUUUUAAUGUUCAAAUUCAAAUUUUACUGUCAUCUGUAAUAAAAAGAUGUAUAAUGUGUCUGUUUAUCAGCACACGUGA